AUGUCAGCCAAAAUCACCACUCCCUACGGUCACGCCGUUCCCCCUGCGUCUCGACAUUCAGUCACUGUCCACAUGCCCACCUGGGAAAAUGUGGAGAGAUAUGGUGCCGAUUCACGUUCCGUGAUUGCCACUUUCCAGAAUGCUUAUCCUCGAAUGAAACCACACCGAGAUAUCGCUUGUCUCACUUCGGCCAUUCUGGGACAUUUGGAUCUGGACAAUCAGGCAUGCCUUCUGUUUACAUCGCUGCAGUCGGCUCAAGAAUGCGAUGAUUAUUCCACAUCGCCGAGGCGCAACAGUGGGGCGAACAAGAAGCCAGUCGCGUAUCAUCAGAUUCAGAUCCGAGCCUUCCGCGCGAAAGAUCGCAUCUAUAUCGUCGUGUUCCCUUCAGAAAGUCUAUCAGUCGUCUCCGGAUUUUGGAGCACGCCGGGUGUUGGCGUGUCAUCUCGAUUUGCGGAAGCAAAUCUGGCGUUCAUCGGUCAGCUCGUGGAAGUCGAACUCUCCGAGGACAGCCAAUCCCGAUCGAGUUUGAGACGUCUGCGCAUGACAUCUUACGACAGAGAAUCAUCCAUUACCUUGGACGAGCGGCAUUGCAUCCGGGACUCGCAGCUCCUCCCUUCAACGAAGGACAUCUAUUUCCUUCCCAUGGCAUGGCCUCGAUCUACAAGCCGCACUCCUAUCUAA